AUGAGAGAGGGAGCUGUUCGAGAAGGCGACGGCUACCAAGUGACAGCUCGACGGUAUCCAUUUCGUGCUGUUCCACCUCAGUCGCGAUCUCUCUCACCAUUUCAACACAGUAAAAUGGUAGCACAAACGGAUUCAUGGAACCAAAGCCGUUUUCCACCAGUUGAUUUGUCUAUAAGGCCAUCAUUGCAUCAAAUACUCGAGCAGCCCGAGCAGUUUUUCCACAUCAGUCAGCAAUCAGCUAAGAUGAGUGUUGAACACAGUCGCCGUGUUCAGUUAUCUAAUGAACUUAAACGGCGAGCGGACAUACAACACUAUCGUGAAUAUUCAAUGAAGCCCUCAACUUUACGUCAGCCAGCUGUUGAUAUUGAACGAGUUACGCUUACCAUGGAGGUAACAUAUAGUGAUUACGAAGAAAUGUUCACCAAAAGAAUUCUUCGUGGCACUUCAGAAAGCUGCGCGAAUAUAAUGAUGGAGACAAACACAAUAAUACAAUUUCCUGAUCGCGAUGAACCUAAUCCGGACUUUAUGCAUCAGAUUAGUUUCUUCUUUUAUUGCAACGCAGUAACAAUCACGGGUAACCUUACCGCCGUCGAGCAGGCACGACUUCGUUUGAGAAAGUUCUGCCCUAUAGUGUUGAUGUUCGCCCUGUCGGAGCGACUACGUGAGGGGGUGCCAGCAAACCGACUGAAUAAUUGGAUGAAGGAAAAGAUCGACGAUGGCACGAUCAAUUUUCCAACUCUUAGCAUUCAAGUGCUUCCACAUUCUCUGUCAGCAACAUUUAAGGACCCAGUUGUCCGAGUAAGUGGUCGAGUAGGCGAUGAGGAGUUACUUUUGCAAGCAUGUCAACGUCUCCGAGAUCUGCUUUUUGUUCCGGAAGUUGCAGACAAGGUAUCUUUUUCUACUCACAUGGAGGUGCCUGCCGCACAACGAUCGCAACUUGUUGGAACGCCCGAUGGUGCACAGCUACUUGUUAUUUCGCGAGUUACUAAAGCAUUGUUACAUUUUCCUUCUCAUUCCGACGAAGCAUCGCAAACGCUUUUCUUUUAUUUCACAGGACAACCUGAUUCUAUACUUAAAGCCCGUCGCUACGUUCAGGGCUUGCUACCAAUGCAGUUGUGUUUUCAUGCUGGAAGUGAAGAUCUUCGUGCUCGAAUUGAUCCUGAGAAUCGCCUUAUAAAGUUUUAUGACGAGGUCCUGCGUGUGUCUGUACGUGUUGUUCCUUCGGAUCUCGAAUCUCUAUCUAUGCUUCCUGGAGAUCAGAUGAGGCACUUUAUCUCUCUACGAACAAGUGAAUAUAACGUAGGCGCUUUGUAUGCAGUUAUGCGUCGUGUUCUUAAACGCGGCGACGAAAUACCAAUGGUGAAACCGAAUGACUAUGCCGAAAUGUUGCCGCUGGUUCCGGAUCUUAUCAAGCAUGCUUGUGAAGUAAACGUAAAGUGCCGUUUGGAGCCGGGUGCACUUGAUCUCGGGACAUUGUCGUCUUUUCUUACACCUACAUUUCCAAUGCACACCACUAAUUCGUCGCAGUCUUUGUCGACAGAAACUGCAGAUCAAUCCUCAUUGGAUAUGGAUUUCCCUGGUUCUUCAGAUGUCAUUUUAUCUCAGGGCAAAGAGUCAAUCUCUGCUUUCAAUCGCAGUACCUGCUUAGACACUUCAUUUGAUACAACUGCUUCUGGGCACUCUACAAGGAACCGUAGUGAAGUAUCGACGCGUGGCGCUACUUCAGUUAGCAAGAGUAGACAUUCUUCGCCAAGACACUAUUAUCCGGGGAAACAUUACAAUCGAUAUAAUGGUUCCGACAAGGAGAAUAUUCCUCGAGAAAAAGGGCCGUACGUUGCUUUCAAUCGUUCAAGAAAUUAUCAUGGCGACGGAAGGAAUUCUUCAUAUCGAUCUUACCGCUUUGGAGGAGGGAACUCUUCGCAUCCAAAACAUCAUCUCGCGCUACGUAUUCGUGAUGGGGAAGUCAAUAGGAGCAAUGAAAGCCGCUACCAACGAUCUGCUUCGGAGUGGCAGAUAGAACAUAGCCCUCGGAUUUCUGUGGAGGAGUUUAAUAGUCUUCGGAAAGGAACUCUUCUUCACCACGUUUCCGAUGGCAUCGGUCACGGAGGUUCGGAACGACGCGGUGGUGGCGAGUGGCACGAUGCUCAGCCAAAUAGAUCUCUGGAGUCACCUGGCAGCUACUCACUAGCGUCUAAGACAGUACUGAGUCAACGUCCACCUCGGAUUGGCAAAAUUGAGCUUCAACGUCGAGUUAAAAAUGAAGCAACAGAGGAUGACCAAGAAAAUGUUCACCAUCAUUCGAGUAGAAGAAUAGACGUCAUGGACCUUAUCAAAUUGGCAUCGGCAGAAGAUUCGGAGCGGAGAAAGUCUGCCACCGAGGAUAACAACUGUUUGCUUGAUUGUGGGGACGUCUCAGGCACGAAUACUAUUGUUCCGUGCGACCUUCCGGAAAAUGUCGAUGUUUUUCCGACGGUGAACUAUUUGCCAAAUAGCUUUUCCUCAGAUAACCACGUGCCGUCGGAUAAGAAUCAUGCCAAUCAUCAUGUUCAACAGUAUGGUGCUACUCGCUUGCCUUCAAAUGUGCCCAGCACGUUUCCAUCAGGGAAAUACAGCAAGUGCUCCAAUACAUUUUCUUCUACAAAUCCUCCUCACUGA